AUGUCGCAUUCUGCGCCGCGCGGCAUGCCUAUCCUGUCCGGGCCGCCUCCUAUCGUCGAGUCACCCACGUGCAGACAGUGCGCCCGUGACUUUAGCCUUUUUCGCCGAGCCCGCUCAUGCGGACACUGCGGGUACGAGUACUGCUCCUCCUGCCUAUCGGACGGACAGGCGCUCAUGCCGCGGCGGGAGGCACCGAGGGCAACGGGGCCAUUCGCUGAACUCCGUGAGGCGUUCCGGGGCUCCGAGCCAAGCACGUCGGGAUACGACCCCGAGGCAGUGUGCGUUCACUGUCUCGCCAUGCUGCAAGUGACGGCCGCCCCGCUCGAUAUGCUACGUGCACUCCCUCUCAAGCGACUCAAGGAAUACCUCUCGGCGUACAAUAUCCCCACGAGCGGAAUUAUCGAGAAGGAAGGUCUCGUCGAGGCCAUCGUGGGGGCGCGUAAUCCUUACACGGGAACGCUGCUGCCCGAUAACGAGAGCUAUUACCGCCGCCGUUCGGUGCCGCGUCAUGGCCGAGCUACGGGCCAGCAACCUCGCACGCCACCAACUGCUCGUCCGCCGCCGCCGAAUUACGCUCGGCCACCGCCGAACACGCGUCCGCCUCGACCCCAACAAUCCCAGCCUCGACCCCAACAAUCCCAGCCUCGACCCCAACAAUCCCAGCCUCGACCCCAACAAUCCCAGCCUCGACCUCAAGCCCCGUCCCAGCCGAAGCCGCAGGCACGCCCACCACCGCCGGUUCCGAGCAUCCUCUCGCUCGUCGCACUGCCCAGAUCAUACCUCGCCACGCUCAGCAUCGGUACCCUCAAGGCGAUUCUCUACGAAAACCAUGUGCGCAUCGACUUCAAGCAUGUGCUCGAGAAGGAGGACCUGAUUGGGCGUGUGGCCGAGUUAGUGGCGGACGAGCGUCGUCGUCUAGAGCGGCAGGCUCGUGAGGAGGAGCGCGAGGCGGCCGAAGCCGCGGAAGCGACCGCUGCGAAGCAACCCUCACCUACAGCUGAAGCUGAAAGCGAGGGAAGCGGGCAAAGUGGGGAGGAAGAGAAGAAGGCUCCCAAGCCGACAAUGUCGCCACCUACUGGUUCGGCACCUGAUAUCGAGCGCGGCGUUUGCGUCGUCUGCCAGGAUCAGGAGGCCACUCUGGCCGUCGUGGACUGUGGCCACUUGGCUAUGUGUGCUCAUUGCUCUGACCUUGUCAUGGCGACCAGCAAGGAGUGUCCGUUAUGCCGCACUCGCAUCGUAACACCUCAGCGCCUAAUCCGCAUUUACCGCGUCUAG